AGGGAUUAAAACACCAAGUGAAAAUCGAACAUCUUAAUUCUAUCAAGAUUCAGAUUUGGACAUUGUGUGUUAAACAGUACAUUAGGGAAAAUGGCAAAGCACCAAAAAGUCAACAAAAGGAAACCUAAAAAGAUAGAGAUGAAGCUUUUUUUAUUUUUCUACUCUAGGCGAAACAGUUUGUGAUGAAACAAACAUUAUUCAAGAAAAGCACUUAGAAUCCAUCCAUCCAAUUUCUGAGCAUCUUAUUGUGACAAAGGUCGCAGGACUGCUGGAGCCCAUCCCAGUUAUGUUUGCACAGGAGGCAGGGUAAACCCUGAAGUGGUCACCACCCAAUCGCAGGGCACAUAGAACAACAAUUCACACUCACAUUCACACCUAUGGGCAAUUUAGGGUCUUCAAUUAGCCUACCACACAUGUUUUUAGAAUUUAUACAAAUUGUAUCAGCUGGUUUGGAAACUGCCAAUAAUUAGCAUUUUCUGCUGAUCGGCCAAUAACUUUUCAUGUCAUAACUCGCCGAUCUGAACAAUGACAUGAUUGAUCGGCUGUUGCAAAAGACAUUUGUCAUCACCGCAUUAGACAGUACAUCUGAAUCCAAAACCCAGUUUAUUUUUAUGUACUACUAUUUAUUUGGCUGGCGCCACAGUGUUCAGCUCGUAAACCAUUGGUCUCACAGUUCUGAGGACCUGGGUACGAUCCCGGCUCUGCCUGUUUGGAGUUUGCAUGUUCCCCCCGUGCCUGCAUAGGUUUUCUCCGGGCACUCAGGUUUCCACCCACAUCCCAAAAACAUGCAACAUUAAUUGGACACUAUAAAUUGCCUCUAGGUGUGAUUGUGAAUGUUUGUCUCCAUGUGCCCUGCAAUUGGCUGGCAACCAGUUCAGGGUGUAUCCUCCCUCCUGCCUGUUGACAGCUGGGACAGGCUCCAGCACUUCCCACAACCCUUGUGAGGAUAGGUGGCAAAGAAAAUGAAUGGAUGGAUUUAUUUGGCUUUACAAGAUCAGGAACAACCAACAACCCCCCUCCCAUUUUCUUUGACAAUACAGUUGGACUGAGCCACCCUUGUUGUUGUCACCACGGAAAUGAGUGUAUAAAGUCGAUCUGAGUUGAUCAGAUAAAAGCCCACUGAUCAUAAAAAAAUGGAUACAGUGGUAUCGGAAUGCAAGAUUUUAUUGAGUAGUCUAAAAUAGUGCAAUGGUGAAAGAGAUCCUAAUCUGCGUUUUAUGUGCCGUCUCGCAUCUGCCUCGUCUCUCCCAUCAUUUGUUUUAUAACUUUAUUGGCCAUCAGAUAUUUACAGUACUGCAUCAAAAGACAUGUAAAAAAUAUAUGUAAAUACUACUAUAUAAAAAUAAACUUGCUUUUAGAUUGAGUUAUACUGUGCAUGAUGUCUUUCUCUGAGCCAAUUAAUGACAUCAUUGAUCAGAUCUGUGAAUUAUAAAACUAAACUGAAUAAAUCAUCAUAAAGUCUCUUUUAUAUAGUUUUUUUCUUGUCUUUUGAUUAUGUACUGUAAAUAUCUGACAGCCAAUGUUUUAAAAAAAACAACAUGGAAGAGACGAGGUGGCUGACAGAUGACGUAUUGUACAGAUCAGACAAAUUUCUCUCUUUUACGAUUGCACUGUGAGACUACUGCAAUAAAAUCUUGUAUUCCAAUACCACCUUCAUCUAUUUUUUUUUUUUUUUUUUACCAUCAUUGCGCAUUACAUUGUCAACUCAAAUGUGACUCAUUACCAUGGAGGUGACAACACGAGUGGAUCAAUCUGACUGGAUAAUAAGAAAAUGGGAGGAAAAAAAACAUUGGUGCUGAGGACAGAGAAGGACAUUCGUGUAAGUCUUGCUUAAGUGAAUGUCGUGUGAAAAUGUGUGCAAAAAGCACAGCAGCAUACAAGGAGGAACUUUGGAGCCCAAACGAGGAAAAGAAACCGCAACGUCAACGACUGGACGCUCUGUUCAGUUGGCAGCCUCAAAUUGUGCUACACAGAGCAGACAUCAGUGAAUAUCUUCAUCUAGGCUGGCAGCAGUCAGUGUCUGGUCACAUCAAAGAAGAAGAGGAUGGUGAAGAGGUUCAACACAUCAAAGAAGAAGGGGAAGAGUUCCUACACAUGAAAGAGGAAGAGCAGGAGCAAGUCAUCCAGGUUCUACCCACUGGUGUGAAUUUGAAGAGUGAAGAUGGUCAAAGUGAGGAGGGACGAGGGGCGGAGCCUCCAAACAGUAAUGGCUCAAGUGAUGGAGACCAUUGUGAACGAUCACAAACAGAUGAUGAACAGUCAGAAGGUGAUAUGACAUUUCAUACUGUCGAAAAAUGCUGGAAAUGUUCUCAGUGUAGGAAAACUUUUGCUUCUGUAGGGAAUUUAAAAAAACACGUGAAAAUACACACAGGAGAGAAGUCUUUUGCAUGCCAAGUUUGUGGUCAAAGUUUCACUCGGAAAGAAAAUUUAAAAAGACACAAAAAAACCCACAAUGGAGAAAAACAGUUUUCCUGCUCAGAUUGUGGUCAAAGAUUCACUCAGCGGGGAAAUUUGACAAGGCACCCAAGAACACAAACUGUAGAGAAAUCUUUUUCCUGCUUAGUUUGUGGUAAAAGAUUCACUCGGAAGCGAGAUUUAAAAAUACACACGAGAACCCACACUGGUGAGAAGCCUUUUUCCUGUUCAGUUUGUGAUAAAAGAUUCACUCACAUGGGAAAAUUAAAAGGACACACAAGAACACACACUGGUGAAAAACCAUUUUCCUGCUUAGUUUGUGGUCAAAGUUUCACUCGAAAUGGAGAUUUGAAAAUACAUACAAGAAUCCACACUGGUGAGAAACCUUUUUCUUGUUCAGUUUGUGAUAAAAGAUUCUCUCAGAAGGGAAAUUUUAAAAUACACACAAGAACACACACUGGUGAGAAACCUUUUUCCUGUUCGGUUUGUGAUAAAAGAUUUUCUCAGAAUGGAAAAUUAAAAGUACACACAAGAACACACACUGGUGAAAAACCAUUUUUCUGCUUAGUUUGUGGUCAAAGAUUCACUAGGAAGGGAGGUUUGAAAAGACAUACAAGAAUCCACACUGGUGAGAAACCUUUUUCCUGUUCAGUUUGUGAUAAAAGCUUCUCUCAGAAGGGAAAUUUUAAAAUACACACAAGAACACACACAGGGGAGAAACCUUUUUUGUGCUCCAUUUGUGGUCAGAGAUUCACUCAGAAGGCAAACUUAAAAAGACACACAAGAACACACAUGGGUGAGAAACCUUUUUCCUGUUCAGUUUGUGGCCAAAGAUUCUUUCAGAAGGAAAGCUUAAAAAUACACACAAGAAUCCACACUGGUGAGAAGCCCUUUUCCUGCUCAAUAUGGCCAAAGAUCCUGUGUGAAGGAAAGCUUAAAAUGCCACUGACACCUAAAACAUGAAAUUUAGUAUGUCGUUCACCAAGAAAAAACAGCCGGAAUAGAGUCAUCUGUUUGUUCACAGCACAGCAGAAUUUUGCCGUACAUUGUUUUUUUUUUUCCUUUUUUUCCCCGCAACGAAAAAUCUCUCUCGGGUUUUGGUUGAACAAGAAGCCGGAAGUGACGUAUUUUACAGACACCGACAGCGGCAGAGUAUCUUUACCUUGUCCCGGUGAGAAAUUAGCUGUUUUUCUGCAUGUUAGCCAAAAUGCCGGCUCUUCGUGUUGAUGCAUUUUGCGUGAUAACUUUAUCACUUCACAUGUUUACAAAAGACCUGAUUCGUUGUGAAAAAUGGAUUGCGCAGGUGCAAAGGAUGAGAGCUAUGUGAGUUCUAAAUGACAGGUAGUUGUGUGUAAAGCUAUUUAAAAAAAAUAUUUGUGGGGGAAUAAUUUGUCUCACAGUUUAUGGCAUAAAAUAGAAUUAAAACAAUAGUUUAGUAGUGUGUAACAUUAGCUAAUGAGUCAAAGGACGUAUAGUCACCAUAGUCGAAUUUUCCAAAUAGGUGAAUGUUAUUUGUCGUGAAUGCUCCCGAAAUGUAAAAAAGAAAGAAGGCAGGGUGGCAGUGUUCGUAGACUUAUGUAGUUGUGCGAAAGCAGCAGUAUUAAUAAAAAGCUUCAUCAACAGCCACCCUCGUCCUUAUAGGAACAUUUUAGCAAUCCUCGUCCGACAACGUAAUCCUUUUCUCCGAAUGUAACGAAAGAACCGCGUCAUAACUUAAUAAAGUACGUAAGUUAGGAGUGCUAAAUGUGUCGAUGAACGCGGGCCGCCAUUUUCCCCAACACGGAGGUGGGACGGGCGGGAAGGCCAGCGCCGCAGGCCGGAUUACCGGCCACUGGUGUCUGCACCACUGACAUAUUUAAUCCACCCGGCAUGGGUCCCUCGUCCUCCUAGUUCGUUUAUAGGGGAGUCUGAUGUUAGUGGAUAAGCGAUCCGCAUAUCAUCUAAAUAUGGCUCGAAACAAUAUGGUAAAAUUGCCCCAGUCGCGUCACUCGCUUCUGAGAUGUUCUCUUCCCCGAAAAGAGUUUCAGGGCAUCAGAAAAAUCCGAAAAUUGCUCUUGUUCAUUUGCCAUUGCAUUUGGCACAGCGUGUUGUCAAUAGUGACUGCCCCAGUGUGAUACCUGCACGAGACGUCACAAGAGGUCACAGUCAAUAUGGCCGCCACUGGGAUGUCAAGUCAUACUUUGGCAACUUAGCGCUUAAAUAAAAUGUUCCCAGCUCACUUUUUCUGACUCAUAUUAUCAUCAAAGUGAUUCAUAUUUUAUGUAGCUUUGGUAACAAUACCUAUUUUAACAUGUAUAUUCUGGUGUCAGUGGCACUUUAAAAAGCCACACAAGAACACACACUGGAAAGAAACCUUUUGCCUACUCACUUUGGGAAAAGAUUAUCUUCUAAGUAUCAGGUUAGGACACACAAGUGUACUAGUGAGAAAAGGAUUGAUCAAAAGAAAAUGUAAAUGUGUAAAAUGAAAGUAACUAUUGUGUUAUUGGCUGAGAGUCAACUUUCUUGUAUUCUGUGUCCCAGCUAUUAUUGAAUCUAUCUUUGACUCGUAACAAAGGUCUCUUGUUUCCAAUCAGCCGUUGACCGGAUUUGAGCUUAUUUGAUCCGUAAAAUGAAAAUAUCGGGCUAGUCGUUAAAUAAUUUGCAGAGUGUUCAGCUGCUUUGAGUAGAAUGUCUGCAUAUGUUUUUGUGAUGACAAACAGUUUUCAGACAUGAAGCCACAUUUGUUGAGUGAGUCUUGCAAGGAAGUGAUAGGUUGCUGUGUUUGUCAUUUUUAGGAUGACGUCCUUUUCCAUCCCAGUCCAGAAAUUGUUGUCAUUUUUUUAAGCACAGAAUAUUUGUGAGGGAACAUCAUUUUGGGGUCACUAGCUGAUGUUCAUGCGACGUAACAAUAUUUGACAGCAAUGUGAGAUACACUACCAAUUUGAAGAAAGGGGUGUUUAUCAACUCAGGCAAGCUGUAUUUAGUUUUUUUAAAGGGGAAGUCCACUCGUUGAAAAUAACAAUGUAUCAAAUAGG